CGGCGGCGGCGGAAGAGGACGAUGAGCGGCGGCCGGCGGAAGGAGGAGCCGACGUCGCACCCGCAGCAGCACCUGGUGGCCAACGGCGGCGGCGGCGCCUUGAAGGGCUCGCUGUGGGGCAAAGCGCUGCGGAGCGACUCCGCCUGGGAGGACAAGGAUGAAUUUCUAGAUGUGAUUUACUGGUUCCGGCAGAUCAUUGCUGUUAUUUUGGGAGUGAUCUGGGGCAUCGUUCCAUUGAAAGGAUUUGUGGGCAUAGCAAUAUUCUGCCUGAUAAAUGCUGGCGUCCUGUACCUCUAUUUUAGUAGCUUCCAGCAGAUAGAUGAAGAAGAGUAUGGUGGAACUUGGGAACUAACGAAAGAAGGGUUCAUGACAUCUUUUGCAUUGUUUUUGGUUGUCUGGAUAAUCUUCUACACUGCCAUCCAUUAUGAUUGAUGAAGUCGGCCAAAUCAGUUGUAUACAUAAGUUGAAUAAUACUUUCAGAAGCAGCCUCUGAUGAACUGGGGGGAGGUAAAAUAAGCCCAUUUUUAUACCCAUGGUCCAAGGAGAUGGGACAAGCCAAAUGGCUUCUAAGAAGAGAAAUUGAGCCUGUCUGAUUAUUUAAAGAAAUGUUGCUUUUGCAGAACUUUAAAAAAAGCCAUCACAAUGUUUUGCAAACAAUACAAGACUGUUUGACCUUUCAACCUUCUCUGUGAUUUUGCCUGGUACAGUGACGGCAAACUUCUGUAUUCUAAAAGGGUGACCUUAUUAAUUAAUUUGUGUCCAUUAUCUUGCCCUCUCUGAAUGAGAUUGAAUCAGUUUGUGACUUGUCUUCCGUUCACUUGACGUAUUUUUUAAAAAACCAUAAACAUCAUGAGGCAUUUGGUUGGAGGCGAACUCUACAGAAAUGAUUACAAGAGCAUAGAGUUUAAUGGUUGACCUCGGCUUGUUUUAAGAAUAUUAAAGAUCUGAUCUGAUAAUUGAUUGUAUUAAGUAUUAAUGUCUUUAACUGGUUCAUUCAGGGUUACUUAAAUUUUGGUUGCUUAACAGUGUUAUAACCAGAUUCUUCAGAUUAUUUCCUAAAACUUUGACAUUAAUUCCUUAUGGAGCAAGUGCUGGAUUUACCUGGCUUAAUUGCUGAACUUUCACAAACAGUAACCAUGGUUUAGGAAUAGUGGUUCAGUUAACAAAUUAAUUCAGUUCUCAGAGCCUACCUCAGAGUUCAGUGGUCUAAAUGCACAAAACAAUUAAGACGUAUUUCAGAACUCAGUUACUUUGGGAUCUUUCUAGGAUUUUGAAGUUGAAACACAACACGCGAAAUAAUUAAAGCAACUAAUAUCCUGUACACAGAAUUAACACUUUCAGGGUUGGAGUGGAUUGAUCUACAAUUUCAAUUUAGAUUUUUCUGAUGAUUAAAUAAAGACAUUAAAUGUAACCAUAUUGGUGGCUGUACAUUAGUUUAGGCCACUUACAAUUUUUAACUGUAGAUCUUUUCUAAAAUAUGCAUUACAGUCUCCAUGGAUAUAUUUAGGAAGUAGUCUCUUCUAGGACCAGACCUGUCUGUUCUCAUCAUAAUCUCAGAUGAAUGGGCAGAGAGAAGAGCUUUGCACUAAGACUGCCUUAUGGUGACAACCUGACUUGAGUCUUAACACACUGUGGAUUAAUUCCUAGUUCUUCUUAGUCUUCUGUUAAGCCCUCAUUUUUGCAUUUUUUACUUAGCAAGGUCACUUUCAAUGUACUUUCCUUAAACUUCUCUUUUCGUCUUUAUUGGUUAGUUGUUAGAAUUCUGCCAUAAGAAAUGAAAGCCUGAAGUACUGUAUGUGCUGAGAGCCAUGGCAGGUGCUGCUCUUGCAGGCUUCGUUGCCAACUAACAGCCUCUGCCUAUCUGGUUUGUGGAUUUAAUCUCUCAUUCGCCUCAUCAACCUGAAGGAGUCACCUUUUCUCCUCAGAAUUUUCAUCUCUGCUGGGUUUAAAAUUCCAUUUCCCAAUCAGCGUCUGAUUUUGUUUACUUACACUUUCAGUCACCUACCAAAUACAGUACAUCAUUUUAUACAUGAAAGCUCUCUAAUAAAUGUCACAUGAUUAAGAA